AUGCCAGCCUACGACCUAGAGGCAACGGCGACAACACCACUGUUACGGCGCUCGUCGACAGACAGCUCGGCGCGGUCCAAGCGGGUUCGACGCCGGCAUCGACCACGCCGCCCCGGUCCACCGAUAUACACGUACCCGGCCAUCUUCUCCCUCUUCUUGUUUGCUCUCGCGACCAUUGCCGCGUGGGACAUCUCCGUGGGCAAGUGCAAGAUUCCUGGCCUGUGCCGCGUCCUCGGCGGCAUCCAGGAGCCGUUGGAAAAAGUGUGGAUGCGCAACGCAGGACCCUACGCGCCAUACAUGAGCCGCGGCCACGGCGGUGGUGCCGCCGGCUUGCCCAAGGGCUGUAAAGUUGACCAGGUGUCCAUUGUGAGUCUCGUUGCUGACGGAGACAUCCCACUCACGUACCAGCUCCACCGCCAUACGGGACGGUACCCUACGCAGGAUGCCGGCGAUCGCACGCGCUUGGUGCUCAAGAAGCUCGCCAACCGUCGCAUACGAAACGUGCGAUCAGAAUAUUCAUGGCUGGGAACGGCCGACUUUGAACUGCAAGACUGGGACAUGGGCCAGCUCACCAAACAGGGCCGUCGAGCUGCGUGGGACUCUGGUCGCACCUAUGCGGAGCGGUACGCAUCCCUCUUCCACCACGACGGCAUCUUUGCCCGUUCCUCGCGCCAACAACGUGUUGUCGAGACGAGCGAGUUUUGGCUCCAGGCGUUCCACGGCCACCCGUUCGACGGGCCUGUGCGCGUCCCACCCAAUGUCGUCAUUGCAGAGGGCGAGGACCGGAACAACACGCUCUCAGUCCACAGCUGCCCGCGCUUCAAUGCGCUGUCACCGCCAGCAGGCGAAAAGGAAAAACGCGAGAUUGCGCGUCUACUCGACCCGGCAGUCACGCGCUUGAAUGGCAUCUUCCAGCCCAACCCGCCUUUCGACGUCGACGACAUUGGCCGUCUGGCCGACCUGUGUGGGUUCGACUCGCAGGCCAGCGGCGAGAGCUGGAAGGGAUGGAGCCACUGGUGUCGUCUGUUGAGGAGAGACGAGUGGGAGGUGGCUGGAUACGUCGCGGACGUGGCCAGGUGGUACCGCGUCGGCGAGGGAAGUCGAUUUGGCAAAAUCAUGGGUGCCGGCUGGGUCAACGAGCUUCUCGCGCGCCUGACGGAUACGGCGCCCGUGGACCAGACCACCACAAACCACACGCUCGACGACGAUCCCGCCACGUUCCCUCCGGGCGGCAAGCGCAUCUUUGUGGAUUUCACCCACGACAACGAGAUGAUCGAAAUCCUCACUGCGAUGGGUAUCCGCAAGAUGCGCCGCAAGCUCCCCAUCCGCCACUUGCCCGAUGACGAGCGGCGGUUCAUCCUCUCCGAGCUCAUCCCCUUUGGUGCGCGGUGGGCCGUUGAGCGGAUAGAGUGUGACGAGUCGGACCACGACCACCAGCAGCCCGUCACGGUGCUUGCUGGCGAGCAUCCGGGCGCUGAUGGGGACACGUCCCAAAACGGUACAACGACAACGAGCACCUACGUGCGCCUUCUCAUCAACGACCACCCGGCACACAUUGACCACAUGGCAUGCCGCUCCUCGGCCCACUACUCGCACUACCUGUGCGAGCUCGACGCAUUCAUCGAGUCCCAGGCUUGGGCGACGGACGAUGUCGACUGGGACGACUGUCGCUUGCGCAAGUGA